UUAAAUGCAUGAUAGGGUAACCCACUCAUCAAAAACCACAUAUAUAUAUAGGGGAUAAGCCAUUUGAGAAGCAUUCCUCUCCAACAAUCAAGAAGAUGCUUUCAACAAUCAUGAAUCACCUCAAAACUCAACCUCUCUUUGUUCUUCUUCUCUCCUUCAUUGGAUUCAUCUCCUUCUUAAAAAACUCCAUUGUUUUUCUCAAAUGGAUCUUCAUCACAUUUUUGAGAACUCCAAAGAAUCUUAUCCAAUCCUAUGGCUCUUGGGCACUCAUCACUGGCUCAACUGAUGGAAUUGGAAAAGCUUUUGCUUUUCAACUUGCCAACAAAGGUCUCAACCUAAUAUUAGUAGCAAGAAAUUUAAACAAACUACAACAAGUCGCUAAUGAAAUCCAAGCUCAAAAUCCAAACACCAAAAUCAAGAUUAUUGUUGUAGACUUCUCUAGUGAUAUUGUUACUAAAGGGAUUCAAGAAAUGAAAAGGGAAAUUGAAGGAUUGGACAUAGGUGUUUUAAUUAACAAUGUUGGUGUCACCUAUCCAGGAGCCAUGUUUUUUCAUGAGGUGGAUGAGAAUAUAUGGAAAAAUAUUGUCAAAGUAAAUUUGGAAGGUACUACCUUAGUGACAAAGACGGUUUUACCGGGAAUGAUACGUAAAAGAAAGGGUGCCAUAGUGAAUAUUGGGUCUGGUGCCUCCAUUGUUGUACCUUCUCAUCCUCUUUUCUCCAUCUAUGCUGCAACUAAAGCGUAUAUCGAUCAGUUGUCAAGAUGCUUAUUCCUUGAAUACAAACACCAUGGUAUAGAUGUGCAGUGUCAGGUACCAUUAUAUGUUAAAACGAAGAUGACUUCAAGAGUUGCAAGCAUAGAGAAAUCAUCAUUGUUCAGUCCAUCCCCAAAGAAGUAUGCAAAAGCAGCAGUAGCACAAAUAGGAUAUGGUUGGAGGAGUAUGCCUUACUGGCCACAUUCACUUCAAUGGUUGUUUGCUUCUUUGUUGCCUGAACCUCUUCUUGAUGCAUGGCGCCUCUCCAUUGGCCUUAAUAGGAGGAUUAAAACUUAAUAUUCUUAUAAACCUUAAGUUUAGUGCAUUCUAUGGUUGGUGUAUCAAUCUAUAUUUUACUUAUAACACUUUAAAGAUAUUUCAAAAAUGAAAAUAUUAAUAAUUUGUAGUGCUUUUCAUGUGUACCUAAAAAUAAAGUAUGAAAUAAAACUUUUGAAGAAGAAUAUUUUCUAGAAUCUUCAAUAGAAUGUGUACAAGAUUGAUAUUCGUCGUGUUUGAAAUAUAAAAUGAUGCUUUUAUCUG